AUGAAGAAAAGCUUGGAUAAUAAUAAUAAUAAUAAUAAUAAUAAUAAUAAUAAUAAUAAUAAUAAUAUUCGCGCGAGAAGCGGCGAGAGAGCCCAGUACAUUCGAAGUCACGAACGCGAUCGGCGUGCAAAAUGGAGGCGAGAUUAUUACGGUAGAAAUCUGGAGACAUCGAUUAACAAGGAAACGUCUGGUGAGAAGACUGCAUCUGGCGGCGAGGUGCGAUUCCACGGCCAACGCGAUAUCCUGCGGGCAAGACCUGACAUACAAGGUCACCGGGCAGUAGCAGGGGGCACACCAACUCACGCCAUCGCGCGCGGCGCGGCGCGGAGCGACCAAUUCAGCAGCGCGGCGCAAGUGUGGGGCGGAGAGGGGCGUGGCCGGGAAGUGGUGAGGCGGCCUGGGCGUGACGUCGCGGGGAGUGGUGGAGGCGAGGCGAGGCGAGGCGUGAGGGGCGAAAGGGUGCUUGAGGACAGGGCGGGCGACAAACAGAAGACUGGAGCCUGCCGGGAGCAGCCCAACUUUUCCACAGGAGACGAGACGAGACGAGACGUUUUCGCGUGCUGCGCCGCCCCAUUGAAAGACGGCGCGCGGGAGCAGUGUCGUCUCGGGCUCGGCGGGCUGCGCCCCCCUGGGGGGGGGUUCCUUGCCGCUCCAUCGCCCGCCGAGGGAGGCAACGCGACGCGACGUGACGCGACGCGCGAGCGAAAAAGAUUCGCUUCCCUUUUUGCGCCCGAGAAGCCUUUGGAUCGGGGAUUAAUAAACAGGGCACCGCCUAAAGAAUUCGCCGCGUUCCAGUUAAAGCGAAGGGGCAACGCGGUCCCAGAGUAUCGCGUUCGUCAGUUCGUUUUGGUGUCGGUAGGGGAGAGAGAGAGGGGGAGAUCCAUUACUUUGAAACAAUCCAGGAUUGAACACGGUUUUUAUUAUUAUUAUUAUUAUUAUUAUUAUUAUUAUUAUUAUUGCUAA